AUGAAUAACGCUACUUUCAACAGUACAAUCAAACUCCACGAAACCUUAUGGUCUUCUACUGAACCAGUCAUUCAAUUAACUGAAAGACCAACUUUAAUUGAAGGUAUCCCAGAUGGCAUCCUUGCUUUGAUUGCCCCAGUCGUUGCUUACUGGACCUUCUCUCUCUUCUUCUACAUCCUAGACGUCUUCAAACUAGCUGAAAAGUAUAGAAUCCAUCCAUCUGAAGAAAUGUUGAAAAGAAAUAAAGCUGGUAGAUUGGAAGUCUUAAGAGAAGUUAUCUUACAACACAUCAUACAAUCCAUUGUGGGCUAUGCCGCUUACGUGUUUGAUGGUCCAGAAGUUACCGGUUACGAAUUGAAUUCUAUGUGGCAUCUAAAGCAAUGGUUAUACCGUAUCAUGGGUCCACAAUUAGUCAACACUUAUAUCCCAGACAACUAUAUUUACUAUUUCUACACUUAUGGUUUCUCUUGCAUUAAGAUUUUCGCUGCCUUUGCUUUCAUUGACACUUGGCAAUUCACUUUACACUAUGCUAUGCAUUACUAUUCCGCAUUAUAUAAAAGAUUCCACUCAAGACAUCACCAAUUAUAUGUUCCAUACGCAUACGGUGCUCUUUUCAAUAACCCAUUCGAAGGUUUCCUAUUAGACACCUGUGGUACUGGUAUUGCUAUGCUUUUAACUAGAUUGACUCAAAGAGAACAAAUUGUCUUAUUCACUUUAGCUACUUUGAAGACUGUUGAUGAUCAUUGUGGCUUCCUAUUACCAAUUGAUCCAUUCCAAUUGAUUUUCCCAAAUAAUGCCAUUUACCAUGACAUUCACCACCAAGAAUGGGGUCUUAAGUUCAAUUAUGCUCAACCAUUCUUCACUUUCUGGGACACUUUGUUUGGUACUAGAUUCCCAGCUAUGGAAACUGAAUUGAAAAACAAAAACGGCAAGAGUGUUUCUAUUGAACAAUACAAAGCUUUCUUGCAAAACAGAGGCAAGGAAAGAGCUGAAAAGUUAGCUAAAUUAAAAGAAACCUUGGCCAAGGACAACUAA